AUGUCCUCCCGCGACGGGCGCUCCGUCUGCUCGAGUAAUAAAGCCUUGGUGAUACCGCAGCAGAUGCCUGGCAAGUCUGAUGCCGUGGAGGUUAUAGCGCAAGAGGCGUUAGCCGCCGCUGCGCUGGGCUGGAAAAAACGAGCGCAGAGACUGGCAGAGAUCAAUUCGUGUCUGAAAAAUCGUUUGUUUGAGGUUGAAAAAUCUCAACGCAAGUCGAUGACUAUUGUUAAAGAUGUGUUGUCGUUGCCAAACAAUCACUUGUCUAUGAAACAGCUCAUUGAUGAGAAUAAUACGUUGCGCCGAGAGACGCGAGCCUUGCGACGGCAGCUCAUGCAGUGUGACGAAAAAGUGCAACGUGCUGGUUCCAAUGGUCUCAUCAAGAAGCAUUGCAAAGUGCAAAACAUUAUGCAGAAGACUGCACAGCGCAAGAGCGCUAAAUGUACAAAUGUAGACUCUUCUUCUUUGUCACCAAACCACAUUGUUCAACAUGGGGAAAGUGACCAGAGGACUGGCAAGACACUGGCGACGAGCUCAACCCUUGUUGAUCCAGCGGAUAAUCCGCUGAUUCAAGUGUCUAAAGUACACUUGCGCGAUUUAGAAGUUAGCUUAGAUCGCCUGAGCAAAGAAAAUAAAAUUCUCAGAGAAGAGCUUGAUCAAUGUCAACCCAGCAAAAAAUUCGACGCGAUAUUGCCUCAAGAUGUUGAAUUGAAUGGAGUGGAAAGUUACCAGCAGCUCUUGCAGGUCAAAGUUGAUGCGGGGUUUCAACAGAUAAAAUUGCUGGAGGCUCGCUACCACAAUCUUGAAAAGAAAGCGCAAGCAAAGUCAGCGAUUUAUCAUGAAACUACUUUUCGUCUAGAGGAAACAACAAAGCAACUAUUCGAAGUGCAGCAGCAACUAGCAAGGCAGAAAGAACAACUUCAGUUGUAUUCGGACCAGACGGCGCAGAUGACCGACCUUCAGGACGAAGUUCAUGUUUUACGAAGCGAAAAUUUGAAAUUGAACGAAACAAUUUCAACGCUAAGCUCCCGGCCUUUUGAUUCGCUGUUUAAAGAUCUGCAAAUGAAGAAUUUGUGCAUUGCACAAUUAGAAGAGGAAAAGAUUGUUGUACAAGAGGAGCGUGCAAAAAUUCAAACGGAUUUGCUAUCGACAAUUCAAACUAAUGACCAAUUGCGGCGUCGAAUUGAGUCUAUGACUGACGAAGUGAAGAAUGUUGCCCUCGAACUGAGUCAUGUGAAAGCCGAGUGCGAACGAAAGACAUUGGAGAACGAAGUGGCGCAGCUCCAGCUUCGCUUCUACACGGCGCCGGGUGAUGACGAAGCAAUGUACGCCAUUGGCAAGGCAAUCAAGGAGAUGAAGAAGCAGCAAUACAUUCAAAUUUCUGAUGCAUCUGAUGGAGUUGGAUGCAAACGUGAAAUUUUAUCAUAA